GGUUGAAAAAAUAAUAACAAUAAUUUAGUAAUUAAUCAUAAUAAUAAUAAGAAGACGAAGAAAAAUCUUGAAAAGGACAGAUUUUGAUACAUGGGUUGCAUCAAUUCCAAGAAUGCUGUGUCUGGGGACUCAUCACCUUAUUUAUCACCUGUUGAUCAUGUGAUUUUGGAACCUCUUCCUCCACCAGCAGUUUCAGUUGCAGGAUCAAGGGGCCAUUCUCAUGUGGCAGGAUCAUCAUUAGCAGAUGAGAAGAAGAAAUUGAAGAAGAACGCCUCCAAGAAGAGCAAUGGCUCCUUUAGCAUCAGGCUUGGAUUCUCCAAGAGGCAUGUUGAUGCUGAACACAAUGCUGCUGGUUGGCCAAGUUGGCUCACAGUUACUGCUGGUGAAGCUGUUCAUGGAUGGCUCCCUCUUAGAGCUGAUUCUUUUCAAAAGUUAGAUAAGAUUGGACAAGGUACUUAUAGCAGCGUGUUCAGAGCACGUGAAGUUGAAACAGGAAGGAUGUUUGCUCUGAAGAAGGUGCGCUUUGACAAUUUACAACCUGAGAGCAUUAGAUUCAUGGCAAGAGAAAUAUCAAUCCUUCGCAGGCUAGACCACCCAAACAUCAUGAAAUUGGAGGGCAUAAUCACUUCUAAGCAAUCUAGUAGCAUAUACCUUGUUUUUGAAUACAUGGAGCAUGAUCUUGCUGGCUUAGUAUCGCGUCCUGAUAUUCUCUUCACUGACUCUCAGAUAAAGUGUUACCUGCGACAGCUAUUAAGUGGAAUUGAGCACUGUCAUAUCCGUGGUAUCAUGCAUCGUGACAUUAAAGUAUCAAAUAUCUUAUUGAACAAUGAAGGUAUUCUCAAGAUAGGAGAUUUUGGAUUAGCAAAUACAAUUAGUCCAAAUAACAAGCAUCAGUUAACCAGUCGUGUAGUAACUCUAUGGUAUCGCCCUCCUGAGCUCUUGAUGGGAUCAACCAAUUAUGGAGUAUCGGUUGAUUUGUGGAGUGUUGGUUGUGUAUUUGCCGAGCUUUUUCUAGGAAAACCAAUCCUUAAGGGAAGAACUGAGGUUGAACAACUACACAAAAUUUUUAAGCUGUGUGGAUCUCCGCCGGACGAUUUCUGGAAAAAGUAUAAGCUUCCUCAUGCAACAGUAUUUAAGCCUCAAACUACUUACGAAAGCUCUUUGCGUGAGAGGUGUGCCGAGUUUCCAGAAACUGCUGUUGAUCUACUUGAGACUUUAUUAUCCAUUGACCCCGCCAAUCGUGGAACCGCCUCCUCUGCCUUGAUGUCUGAGUAUUUCAACACCAAACCUUAUGCUUGCAAUCCAUCAAACUUGCCAAAGUAUUCGCCUAGCAAAGAACUGGAUGCUAAAAGUCGGGAAGACAUGUCGAGGAAAAGGACCGAUGAUAAAAUGCAAAUGCGAGAUGCUGCAACAUCGAGAAGGCAACCAAGACGAGUCAAGAAAUAUUUGCGAGAACCAAUUGAUCAUACUCAAUCAGUUUCCAAAGAGAAUGGUCCUCAUAAUGUUCGUAGAAGCGACGGUAGAUCACAUGUUCAAAAGGGAAUAGGAGCACACAAAGACUAUCUACAACCCGAAAUGGAUGCAGUCUCGGACCUUUCGCAGAUGGUGAAUAUUGCAGAUGGUAAUGGCUUUACUGUACCGGCACAAGGCGGCUAUGACUGGGUGAAAAGGAGAAAGCAAGAUGCUUCAUCUACACUAUCAGAUGGCUCAAGAAGCAAAAUUAGUGCAUUGGAUCCAAACUUUGCUAAAGGAACUUAUGAU